AUGGCAGACAAAGAGGAUGAAAACGCAUGGGAUUCCAGAGACCCUCUUCCUAUUUCAUAUGGCGGAUCACCAGACUUCCCUUUUUUGAAACCUUACCAGGAGCAGGAAUUGACCUCAGACAGCUGCCUACUCUCUAUAUCUAAACCCCAGCAUCCCUCAUCAGAGGAGGAACCAUCUUCCAGCAGUGAUACACCCCUUCAAUCCGCGCCCACCAUUCGCCAGCCAACUGUGCGUCCUCCAGUUUGUACACACAGUGUGGUAGAACGUCAGUACUGUGUUCACGAGUUCGAGCUAUGCGAAUCGUGCGGUAGAAUACCCUUUCUUGGAUGGUUCUUCGCUUGCGUGGAAGACACAUCCGGUUUUUCGGACCCGUUAGAUCCCAUCCGGGGCCCAUUUCUCAGCCCCUGGAUUCUGAAAGCGAUAGAAAAUGGGAAUUACACCGUGGAAGAGAGAGAGGUUCUGAUCCAACAAAAACUGGGCGUCAUGAGAAUGGCGGCGCUGGAAAAACAUCCUUCGAGUCCUGCUCUCUCACUACUGGAAGUCGAGAAUGAGCCCGGAGAAUACAUAACUCAGUACAAUCAGAGUCCCUUCAGGGUCAACCAAUCUAUCGGUCACACGCAGCAAACUAGCAGCUCAACCUCGUAUACGUCUUCUCGUCCACUUCCACCUCCGCCGUGCACGCUCAGAGCCUGUCGUCACUGUGAGCGUCGAUUUGCUAAUCUCGAAGAGCGCUCAUGGUCCAGCAUUAACGAAAUCUGCAGUGAUCCCACCAUUACAGUCCCUGCUGCGUGGGAGCUAGCUGGUAGACCUGUCUCCGAUUCCAAUACGGUUCGUAAUUUGGGGUUGCGACAAGUCACGAUGCCUUAUCCGAAUGCCCAGUCAGCCAGCUGCUGGACCACGAGGAGCCAUGAAAAGGUCGCAGAUGCGAAGCUGUAUAUUCAAAAGAGCAUAGCCAGCCACGAACUUCCCCAUCUAGUCAAUCAGUCGUUAACCAUCUCGGGACAAAGUGCCAGCAAAUCAAACCAUCAAGCGGUUAAUGCUCAUCCUAAUGAGUCAAUCCAACCAUCACCUUUGAAAUGA